GCAUUACGGUGGCCCGGAGGGGGCCGGCGGGCGCUGGCAUGGCGGAGGCGGAGGAUCCCUGACAGGUGGUCCAGUUUGUUGCAUAGAAAUGUAUAUUCAAGCUUUUAAAACGAAAGGAAAGGCGGGAGAGCUUUCUAGGCAGAGGGAACAGCGUGUUAGCAAGAGUCAGAGUCAGGAGGGAACCGUUCACGUGGACUAUUCGGUAAAGGAGGAUCGGCUUCCUCCUACUUGAGCUGCAUAAAUGUUUUCACCGUAGAGGCCCUGUCGUUCCUCAAAUCCCCGAGCGUGUGGUACUCUGCUGCGGUGGGGUUCUAUGGAAGGAACACCUUAGAGAUUCGUCGCAUUUCCAAGGUUCCUAUUUACCAUUUGGAAUCGCCCCACUUCCUGUCUGGAAGACAGAUGUCGGCAGUCGAAAUGAAGGAUAUCUUGGAAGUUUUGGACCAGUUAUAUAAGAAGGUACUUGUGGGAGCCACACUGGAGAACGACACCCGGGAUUACAUCUGCUGUCUCCGCCCAGCGUUUCCAGAUCACAGUGGCUCUGGGACCGCCUCCUCCCAGCGUGCAGUCACCCUCGGUGACCAGGGCCAGUGCCAGCCGUCCCCUGUCCAUCCGUCCACCGUUCCUGUCGCGCCUGCACCAGGGAAGGGCAGUGCCCGAGAUUUAACGCUCCUUCGGCUGACGGUGAUCCAGGUGAUGGUGACCAGGAUACUGUCUGUGGAGACGGAGUUCCGAGCAAAGGAGAAGUACAGAGAGAUCAUUACAGCUCUUUUAAAAUCAUCGGACCUUGAUUCCCAAUUGAUCUGCUUGUUCCAGGACUCGGAUAAGUUGUUGUCUCACGUGGCUGCCAAAUGCCUUGCGUGGCUUCUGUAUUUCCAAUUGAGGGAAAAGAUAACAUUAAGUAAUUCCUGGAUUGCUUUUUGCAAAAAAAAUCUUUCUGAAUACUCUGAAAGUGAUAAGGUAGUAUACUGCCUCUGGACUCUUACUGCUGUAAUAAAAGAAAUCUUUAAAGAUACAUGUUCACAAAAAUCAGAACUUCUACAGCAGCUCCUGACUCCUUUGGACGCUCCCUUUGAAGUCUUUUACAACUCCUUCUUUUCUCAGCAUCUUGACGGCCCCCCGGGCACCUGUCACUUAGCAAACACCUUGCUGGGCGCCCUGGAGCUGCUUGAACUCCUCAUCGCUUCCAGGCCCCACCGGGACCUGCAUUUCACCUGCCAGAGGAUUUUAUUUUUGAAACCGGCCUGUGUGCUGGACGUCAUCACCUGGCCCGUGCAGGCUUUCGUCAAAAGGAAGUUCGUCAUAUUCCUCAAAAAGUGCCUUCUCCGGAAAGCCGGUGAAGACCUCUGUCGCGGGGCUGUCGCCGCCCUGGGGCCACCGGAUCGGCAUUUGGAGGGGGACAUGGCGGCUUUAGCCGAUGCUGUUUUGCAGGCUGUGGAUUUGGGCUUAUUGAGGACGUUGUCUGUCCACGGAAAGCCUUCCUGCUUUGCAGGCGGUGAGGUUCAGCCUGGAUGUGAGCGGCCCCCUGGUCCAGAUCACGUGAUCCUUAGAGCCGCGAGCUUGCUUGUCGUUAAAUCCUUAGAAAUCAAGUUUCAAAAGUGUGCUUCAGCCAAGGAAAUGAAAGGUGAUUUGCAGAGGUACAUGUCUGAGCUACUGACCUUCCUAAAGCCUCACCUCCAGCCGUCCGUGCAGGCGCACAACCCAUGCGAGUGGCUGUCUAGGGUCUUCAUAGAGCAAGAUGAUGACAUGCUGGAGGCUGCCAAAGCAUCCAUGGGCAUCUACCUCAAGCUCACCAGAGAAUAUGAAGCUGCUCAAAACUUGGCCCAAGAAAAAGAAACGUGGAACCAGCACACGCAUGAAAACGGCUAUAACCCGCACUGCAUUUUUUUAUUCUUUUUAAAAAAUAUAGGAUUUGAUUCGACAGUUCUUCUCGACUUUUUGAUUUCAUCCGAAACCUGCUUCCUGGAAUAUUUUGUCCGAUACUUAAAAUUACUGCCCAAAGACUGGGAUGCAUUUUUCACCAUUUGCAAGUACUUUGAUGUAACUGAAUGUACCGAUAGCAGAAAUACUUGUGGUCCCAUCGCCUCACUUGUCCAAGACACAAGCAGCAACCACACAGAAUCCAGGCCGCUGGCUGCCCUUGGCAGUCACAGGAGCGCGCAUGCCUGUGUCUCCUGGGCGUCGGAGGCUUCCCCUGAACCACUGAACCAGGUCGUGAUCUCUCGGGAGGGCCACGCCACUCCCCAGGCUGGCGGUCGGGGGUCCCCGCCAGCCGCUCGGAGCCUGGUAGAUUACGACACCUCCGAUGACUCCGAAGUAGAACCCCCAGACCUGUGCUCAGCAAAUUGUAAGCAGACAUCUGUACACCAAGAAGCCACGGAGAACAUUCAGGACACAGUGGGAACAGGGAGGGGUAAGAAAGAACUGAGCUCGGAGCUUCAGUCAGGGCCUGCGGUUCCGAAAGAAUCCGAUGCUCCUUUCUCUGUGGAUUGUGACGAAGCCCCAAGGAACGUUGUCUAUGAAGUGGGAACGUCUUACCGAACAGUAAAGUGUUUCCAAGAGCUGCAAGCUGCCAUUUCCCGUUUGCAGAAGAAAAACCUUUUCCCCUAUAACCCGACAGCCCUUUUGAGGUUGUUAAAACAGAUCGAGGCAAUUUGUAAUAAAAGUACGAACCCUCUGUGAAA